GCGGCGGCCGUUGAGGGACCGUUGGGGCGGGCGGCGGCGGCGGCGGCGCGCGCUGCGGGCAGUGAGUGUGGAGGCGCGGACGCGCGGCGGAGCUCGAGCUGCUGCAGCUGCUGCCGCCGCCGGAGGAACCUUGACCCCCGCGCUCCGGACACCCCGGGCCUCGCCAUGGCUGACCAGCUGACUGAGGAGCAGAUUGCAGAAUUCAAGGAGGCCUUCUCCCUCUUCGACAAGGAUGGAGAUGGCACUAUCACCACCAAGGAGUUGGGGACAGUGAUGAGAUCCCUGGGACAGAACCCCACCGAAGCCGAGCUGCAGGACAUGAUCAAUGAGGUGGACGCGGAUGGGAACGGGACCAUCGACUUCCCGGAGUUCCUGACCAUGAUGGCCAGAAAGAUGAAGGAUACAGACAGCGAGGAGGAAAUCCGAGAGGCCUUCCGUGUUUUUGACAAGGAUGGCAACGGCUACAUCAGCGCCGCAGAGCUGCGCCACGUAAUGACGAACCUGGGUGAGAAGCUGACCGACGAGGAAGUGGAUGAGAUGAUCAGAGAGGCUGACAUCGACGGAGACGGCCAGGUCAAUUAUGAAGAGUUUGUACAGAUGAUGACGGCAAAGUGAAGGCCCCGGGCAGCUGGCGAUGCCCGUUCUCUUGAUCUCUCUUCCCGCGCGCACACUCUCUUCAACACUCCCCUGCGUAUCCCGGUUCUAGCAAACACCAAUUGAUUGACUGAGAAUCUGAUAAAGCAACAAAAGAUUGUCCCAAGCUGCAUGAUUGCUCUUUCUCUUCCUCCUCAGUCUCCUCCCACGGCCCCCCAUCUAUUCCUUUUGCCCUCCCCCGCCCCAUGCACAUCUUCCGAGGCCUGAUGCAUUCAUAAAAUGAGCCCCCCACUCCCCUUGGGGGGCCCUCUGCCCUCCUCCCGCCCGGGUGGCUCUCGUCCGUUUUGGUUUGUUUCCUUACGUUUGUCAUCUUAUUUUGGGUGCCGGAGUGACUGCCAGCCCUGUCCUAGGACCUGCUAGGGAGGGGCCUCGGGCCUCAGCCCCCAGCUGGGGAGGAAAGCAGCCUCUGGCCAUUGCAUGCAACCAGCCACGUGAGUCCAUGUGUCCAUCCCGGAAGCCUGUUGGGGCAGGGGUGCCAAGACAGGCAUUCCAGAAGGACUGAGGGCGGGGGUAGGGGGGAGGUUCCAGAGCUGCGUUGACUGAAUGUGGCCCAGGAGGAGGUCAAGGGGCGAGGGAGUCUUGGAAGCUGGCAUUCUUUACCGCUUGAGGAGGCCAACCCACAGAAGGGGCCGGGCAGAGUGGACAACACUCAGAUCCCGUGGGCCACUCUUCUGAAACAUCCCAUUGGCUUCCCGAGGGCGGGCCAGGUGGGGGCGCUGCCCCGGCCCCUCUGAACAUGCUCAGCCCACGUCCCGAAGUGAUCUCAAGCUGUCCUGUAAAUACCUGGUGCUAACAUCCCAUGUGCUGCCUGUGCCGCCCCGCCCACCUGCAUCCAGAUCCCUGCUUCGGCAUGGAUGUGGGAUGGCCGCUUUGUGAUGUGCUGGUUAUCUUUCCUUUUUCUUCUCUACGCCCCUGAAAACUUUAAUUUUAUCCGAAACCACAUCGGGCUAGCUGAGGGCGAGGAGAGGGCAGAUGCGCCCCACCUCGCUCUCCAGGGAACACUCCUGCAAUAAAGCCAUCCUGUCGGCCAGCUGGCCCCGGGGGCGCAGGCAGCUCCGCUUCCUGGUCAGCCGGCCCCUCCCGCUUCCCCGUGGUGACUUGGCUGGCUCCCCCACCUCUGCGCUGUCUCCGUGCCCGCCCCUCCCCUCGCCCACCUGCCUGCCCCCACGCACCCCAGCGGAGAGCAUGAUCCGUGACCUUGCUUCUGACUUUCGCCUCUGGGACAAGGAAGUCAAUGUGGGCAGUUCGGUCGUCUGGAUUUUUCUUUUUCCUUUUUCUCUUCAUUUCAUCUGCCCUCCACCCCCCAGGUCGAUCAAGUGGCUUUUCCUGGGACCUGCCCAGCUUUGAGAAUCUCUUGUCGUCCACCCUCUGGUCCCCAGCCUCCGGGGAUGGAAGGGGGGUGGAGCACAGUGGGAGACCCAGCUGAGAGCUGAGGGUAAGGGCAGGUGGGCACGAGGCUGUGGACGUUUUGGAGUGUUUGGGUUUUGAUUUUUUUUUGUUUUUUUUUUUUUAAACCGGGCAAUAUUGUGUUCAGUUCAAGCUGUGAAGAAAAAUAUAUAUCAAUGUUUUCCAAUAAAAUACAGUGACUACCUGA